AUGACGACACGCACAGCUUGCGAAGGCAAUGCACGACCGCAAGAUCGCCUUGUUGAAGCUAGGACCAAGGAAAGGAAACCAACGCAAGAGGUUCGCAAGACACACCAACCUAGAGAAUCCGAUAGUAGUCGAAAAAGCCAGCUUCAAAAGUUUGCAAACGGCGAUGCGUCAAAGCAUGACGCAUAUGACAGUCUUUUUGACCACACAAGGCAACUUUACGCCGAAAUAGACAGCUCUAAGGACGAGGAGCAUAGUGCCAUGAUUUUCCAUGUUAAAGCCGAAUGGACACAUCACGACCUGAAGAAACCCCCGCCAGCAAACGUGGUGGAACCAGUCAUGUUCUUAAGCCGCUUGCUCUCGCCAGCUGAACAGAGAUACUAG